AUGGCGGCGGCGGCGGCGGCGCCUGAUGCUGUGGCGGCUUCCGAGGCGCCGGCGGCGACUGCGACGGCCGAGCCCGAGGCCGGGGACGAGGACAAUCGCGAGGUCCGAGUGCUGCAGAGUCUGCGGGGCAAGAUCUGUGAAGCAAAAAAUUUAUUGCCUUAUCUUGGACCCAACAAAAUGAGAGAUUGUUUCUGCACCAUAAAUUUGGAUCAGGAAGAAGUUUAUCGUACUCAAGUUGUUGAAAAAUCUUUAAGCCCAUUUUUCAGUGAAGAAUUUUACUUUGAUAUUCCAAGAACUUUUCAGUAUUUGUCUUUCUAUGUUUAUGAUAAGAAUGUUUUACAAAGAGACCUUCGUAUAGGGAAAGUAGCCAUCAAAAAAGAAGACUUGUGUAGCCACAGUGGUAAAGAGACUUGGUUUUCACUGCAGCCUAUUGACUCCAAUUCAGAGGUUCAGGGUAAAGUUCACCUUGAAUUAAAGCUGAAUGAGCUGAUAACAGAGAAUGGAACUGUGUGCCAGCAGCUUGUUGUACACAUCAAGGCAUGCCAUGGGUUGCCUCUCAUAAAUGGACAAAGCUGUGACCCUUAUGCAACAGUUUCUCUAGUGGGCCCUUCUAGGAAUGACCAAAAGAAGACUAAAGUAAAGAAGAAAACAAGCAAUCCACAGUUUAAUGAAAUCUUUUAUUUUGAGGUAACCAGAUCCAGUAGUUACACCAGAAAAUCCCAGUUCCAGGUAGAAGAGGAGGACAUUGAAAAGCUAGAAAUUAGGAUUGACCUGUGGAACAAUGGAAACCUGGUCCAAGAUAUCUUCCUAGGGGAGAUUAAGGUUCCUGUGAACGUGUUAAGAAAUGAUACCUCCCAUCAAGCCUGGUACUUGCUACAGCCAAGAGACAAUGGAAACAAGUCAUCUAAAACUGAUGACCUGGGGUCUCUUCGAUUGAAUAUCUGUUACACAGAAGAUUAUGUGCUUCCUUCAGAGUACUAUGGUCCUUUGAAAACUUUGCUGCUAAAAUCACCAGAUGUUCAGCCAAUAUCUGCCUCAGCUGCUUACAUUUUGGGUGAAAUAUGUCGAGAUAAAAAUGAUGCUGUUUUGCCCCUUGUACGACUGUUGCUGCACCAUGAUAAACUUGUUCCUUUUGCCACUGCAGUGGCUGAAUUAGACUUGAAGGAUACACAAGAUGCAAACACAAUUUUCAGAGGAAAUUCCUUGGCUACCCGAUGUCUAGAUGAGAUGAUGAAAAUAGUGGGAGGGCACUACCUGAAAGUAACAUUAAAACCUAUUCUGGAUGAGAUAUGUGAAUCCUCAAAAUCUUGUGAAAUUGACCCUAUUAGAUUGAAAGAGGGAGAUAAUGUAGAAAAUAAUAAGGAAAAUCUGCGCUACUAUGUAGACAAGUUAUUCAGUACAAUUAUACAAUCAAGUAUGAGCUGCCCCACUGUAAUGUGUGAUAUCUUUUACUCUCUACGGCAAAUGGCUGCUCAAAGAUUUCCUAAUGACCCUCAUGUUCAGUAUUCUGCAGUGAGCAGCUUUGUAUUUCUUCGUUUCUUUGCUGUAGCCGUAGUAUCACCUCAUACUUUUCAUUUGCGACCUCACCAUCCAGAUGCACCAACAAUUAGAACAUUAACUCUCAUCUCAAAAACCAUUCAGACUUUGGGAAGCUGGGGGAGUUUGUCCAAAAGCAAGUCAAGUUUCAAGGAGACAUUCAUGUGUGAAUUUUUCAAAAUGUUUCAAGAGGAAGGAUACAUUCUAGCAGUUAAAAAGUUCUUGGAUGAAAUUUCAUCUACUGAAACUAAAGAAUCCAGUGGUACGAGUGAGCCUGUGCACCUGAAAGAAGGUGAGAUGUAUAAAAGAGCUCAGGGAAGAACUCGAAUUGGAAAAAAGAAUUUCAAGAAACGGUGGUUCUGCUUAACAAGCAGAGAACUCACCUACCACAAACAGCCAGGUAAAGAUGCACUUUACACAAUUCCAGUGAAAAACAUUCUUGCUGUGGAAAAACUGGAAGAUAGCUCUUUCAACAAAAAAAAUAUGUUCCAAGUAAUUCAUACGGAGAAACCACUCUAUGUCCAGGCAAAUAAUUGUGUAGAAGCUAAUGAAUGGAUAGACGUACUCUGCAGGGUGAGCCGGUGCAAUCAGAACAGGCUCAGCUCUUAUCAUCCCUCUGCAUAUCUGAAUGGCAGCUGGCUCUGCUGUCAGGAGACCAGUGAACAUGCUCUAGGCUGCAAGCCAUGUACUGCAGGUGUUCCUGCAGACAUCCAGAUAGAUAUUGAUGAAGACAGAGAAACAGAAAGAAUUUAUUCCCUUUUUACCCUCAGUUUACUUAAGCUACAGAAAAUGGAAGAGGCUUGUGGAACUAUAGCAGUGUAUCAAGGACCACAGAAAGAACCUGAUGAUUAUUCAAACUUUGUUAUCGAGGAUUCUGUAACAACCUUUAAGACAAUUCAGCAAAUAAAAAGCAUCAUAGAGAAGCUAGAUGAACCUCAUGAAAAGUAUAGGAAGAAAAGAUCAAGUAGUGCAAAAUAUGGGAGCAAGGACAAUCCAAUUGGUGGGAAAGCAUCUUAG